AUGGCUCUAAAGGCAGGCGCCGUGGUGAAAAAAUGGAGAAGAGAAAUGGCUACCAGUAACAAAGCUCGAACAUUUGCUUUCCAUUUGGUGAAUCUUUCCCCGAUCGGCACCAAGUGCGUCUCCAAAAUCCAGAACAACAUCGUCGUUUUGGCUGACUAUGUCGUUGUUUUCGAGGAUCACGGUCACAUCCCUACCAUUUCUUUCAAGAAAGGAAACUUUACUUCCUCGAGCAUAACUGACUUGCUGCAAACUCAUCCCUACAUAAGUUCUAACAUCCCAUUGACAGAAUGUCAAUUCGUGAGAAUGCAAAUUGACCAAGGUUUGCCAUAUGGGAACAAUCUUCAUCAUUGGGAGAAUGCAACGCGUGCAUUUACAUUCACAACUCAGUAGGCUGGUAAUUACCUAGCAUGUUUCCAGUCGACGAACCAUACUCAUGGAGGUGUAGAAAAAAAUCCAAUAGAUUAUUUCAUUCACGCAAUAUACAUAAGAUAUAAACAUAUCUUUUUUUUUCUUUGCACAAGAUAUACACCAUAUACACAAGAUAUACAAAAAUACAAAAGAUAUAAACACAAGAUAUAAAUUAUUGUGAUUAUCACACUUUUUUUUUUUUUUUGCUCUGUUACGUGAUUGUUCCUCUUUAAUAUAGUGCGAAGUUAUUUCUCUUUAAUGCAAAUUUUAAAUUAAUUUAAUUUAUGGUUUAGAUUCUUCAGCUGAUUUGAAGCCUUUCUUUACCUAACGUUAUCUUCUAAUUGAUGUUACUUGGCAGUUGAGAUUUUAUAGAUAUUGUGAUAUUUUGACAAUAUUGGAAUUAUGCUUUUGGACAUCAAGGUACUUCAUUUUUUCUGAUAGAACACUGCUGUGUUUGUAUUUUCGUGUAUAAUUUGAUGUUGUGCUUUAUAUUCAAAGGGCAAAAGUCAUUAUGGAUAAAAUAAGGUACUUCAAACUUGCAGACCUCUGAUCAUCCAAAAAAGUUUUGAAGAUUUUAAGGAAACUAUGUAACUUCCUCCCUAUAGUUACUAGAUUACAGUGGCUAUUUCCAUAAAAUAAUAGUUUCAUCUGCUUCAUGUCUAAUUCAAAUGCCUUUGGGAUUAGAUUAAAAACAUUUUUAUUUGAUUAGAAGGGUUUUAGAAAGUUAUUGUGUCAUAAGAAUUUUUCGU